AUGGGAAAACAGAACAGCAAGUUAAAGCCCGAGGUCUUAGAGGACCUGAGACAGAACACCGAAUUCUCCGGUAAAAUCUUACUGAUAAUUAUAAAUCGUAUAUACAACGACCGUAUAUGACCAAACAGGUACUGACCUUUCAUUAAUUUCAGACGCUGAGAUUCAAGAAUGGUAUAAAGGUUUCCUGAAGGACUGUCCGGGCGGUCAUUUGAGCGUCGAGGAGUUCAAGAAAAUCUACGGAAACUUCUUUCCCUACGGUGACGCGUCCAAAGUAUAGCUUACCUACCUGAUAAUCAUAUAUAUAUAUAUAUAAUAAAAUAUGAUUGCAAAUAAUCAACUCGAACGUUAUUAUAUAGUUUGCAGAGCACGUGUUCCGGACGUUCGACGCCAACAGUGACGGUACGAUUGACUUUAGGGAAUUUCUGUGCGCUCUGUCAGUGACGUCGCGCGGUAAAUUGGAACAGAAAUUAAAAUGGGCUUUCAGCAUGUACGACCUGGACGGCAACGGAUUCAUCUCCCGGCAAGAAAUGUUGGAAAUCGUAACGGUAAACAUUUAUUAAUCGAUGGUGUAAUAAUUUUACAUUCUGAGUAUAGUGGGAAAUCUGCUAUUAGUUUUACGUAAAUAACACUAAAAGUCUAAGACACGUGACCAUGGAUAUUAAAUUCACGUGUACACAAACUCCGUGUUCACGUAUGUAUUAAUUUACGUUUAAAUCUAGACCUCUAGUUUUACUAAUAAUCCAUGCGAUGUUUUUUCUCUUUUGUGGACAACUAUUCGGCUAGAAAUCUUGUUCCGCACUCAUCGACCAAGGGAGAGAUUUAUGGUGCAUUGGGAAGAUCAUAUUUCGGAGUGGUCAAACUCGUAAAAUCCGUGGAAAUUUCGGGUACUUUAUUUAUACGGGGUCUUCAAAGUUUCAUGAUACAGUCAAAUUUUCCUGAAAUGCAUAUUUUGUCAAAAACGAACUAUGAAUGUAUAUUCAGUGGAUUCCGUUUAAUGUGAUCACCGGUUAUUGUGAGCAGCCGCCUAAUAUUGGCAUAAUGGUCUAGUCCCGAUUCUAAUGUAUGACGAUAUUCAUUUCGGUUAAAUGGCAGUUGCCCAUAGCUGCUCCUGACGUGCCCACAUUAACCGGAAUCUACUGUAUUCUAAAAUGUUACAAUAUCUUUAUUUUGCUCACCCUUGUUUUUGUGGAUGAAACUACUACCUAUUUUUGAUUUUUAAAUAACAACCUAUAUUGCACCUGUGGCACUACAGAGUAUAUGUGGUUGGCGCACAAGUUAACCCGUCAUAUUUCAAUAUCAUAUUUCGUCCUUAUCUAAUGCUACUUUCUUCCAUUUCACUUUUGUGUUUCGUUUUCCUUCAGCUUUCUUCAUCCUAUCUUCCCAUCUUAUAUCUGCCUUCAAGCAGUAUUUUCCUUUGUGAUGCAUUUCCUAAUACCGCUUUCAAUACCAAUUCCUCUUUAUGCUACAUAUGUCCUGCUCACUCGAGUCUCUUCAUAAUAAUAAUAUCUUCUACAAUGUGUUUUUUUUUUUUUGAUAAGCUAUAUUUUAUAUUUUAAAUAAAUCAAUUUUAUGUCAAAUUAUAUUGUGCAGGCUAUUUAUAAGAUGGUCGGUACCGUGAUGAAAAUGCCGGAGGACGAAUCGACGCCGGAGAAAAGGACGGACAAGAUAUUCAGACAGAUGGACAAGAACAACGACGGCCGUCUGUCAUUGGAAGAGUUCAUCGAAGGUGCCAAAAGCGAUCCGUCCAUUGUUCGGUUGUUACAGUGUAAUCACGCUGUGCAGUAA